ACAACAUGCUGGUGUACGUAGAGAAGAAGAUCCUGGAAGAUCCAGCCAUCAUGAACGACGAGAGCUUUGGGUCUGUGAAGAAGCGGUUUUGCACUUUCAGCGAAGAUUAUGACGAUAUCUCCGAUCAGAUAGACUUUAUCAUCUGCCUGGGCGGAGAUGGGACGUUACUCUACGCUUCGUCACUUUUUCCAAUGAGUGUCCCUCCAGUCAUGGCUUUCCAUUUGGGGUCCCUGGGCUUCCUCACCCCCUUCAAUUUUGAGAACUUUCAGUCUCAAGUCACCCAGGUCAUAGAAGGCAACGCAGCCCUCGUCCUCCGGAGCCGGCUGAAGGUGAAGGUGAUUAAGGAACACUGGGAGAAGAAGGGCAUGAUUCAGAACGGGAUCGAGGAAAAUGGCGUGGUCUCUCCGGGUCUGGAAAAAGAAAUGUUUAAACAAGCAACUCAAUAUCUGGUGGGUAUCCUUGGAAUGUUAUUUUUAUUUUUAUUUCAAUUAUUUUAUUAUCUUAUGAGUGGUGCGGUGGCCUUAGGGGGGAGCUCUUGCCUCAUAGUCAGGAGGCUGUGAGUUCGAUCCUAGGAAGAGGCAGAUAUUUCUCUCUCUGGCCACAAUGGGGAUGGAUCUGCUGAAAAAAGACUCCGCUCUGGUGACAAGAAAGGCAUCCGGCCAGUAAGCACAGCUCCAUUCAGUUUCCCCG